AUCUUUCUGGUGUUAUUCUGCUGAUCCCUUUACCGUCUGAGUGGAAGUUUUUGAGUGAGGUUAAAGAUGUAUGUGGUGGAAAGCAAAGGAGGUGCCGUAGCAUGCAUGCUGCUGGCCUUGAUCUUAUUGGGGACAUGGCCUGCUGUCCUGACUAUGCUGGAAAGAAGAGGCCGGCUUCCUCAGCAUACUUAUCUGGAUUACUCUAUCACCAAUUUCUUGGCUGCUGUUCUGAUUGCUUUGACAUUUGGUCAGAUAGGCAGUAGCACACCUGACAAGCCCAAUUUUAUAACUCAACUUUCACAGGAUAAUUUUCACAGUGUGUUAUUCGCAAUGGUGGGUGGGAUAGUCCUGAGCCUUGGAAAUCUUUCUACACAGUAUGCAUGGGCUUUAGUUGGUUUAUCAGUGACAGAAGUGAUAACUGCAAGCAUCACAACUAUCAUAGGCACAACAUUAAAUUACUUCUUAGAUGACAGAAUAAAUAGAGCAGAAAUUCUAUUCCCUGGUGUUGCUUGCUUCUUGAUUGCCGUUUGUCUUGGCUCUGCUGUUCACUCAUCCAAUGCAGCUGAUAACAAAGUAAAACUUGACAAUGGGUUGAAGGAGUUGGAGAGUGCACAUGAGAAAGCGAAGGCUGGAACUGCAGACUUUCUUGUACAGCUUGAGGACCAAAGAGCAAUUAAGGUUUUUGGGAAGAGCACAAUUGUUGGACUAGCCAUAUGUUUCUUUGCCGGACUUUGCUUCUCCCUCUUCUCACCAGCAUUCAAUGUCGCCACAAAUGAUCAGUGGCAUACUUUGAAGAAAGGAGUUCCUCAUUUGGUUGUCUAUACUGCGUUUUUCUACUUCUCGUUAUCUUGUUUUGUCCUUGCUAUCAUUUUAAACAUCAUCUUCCUCUACCGCCCUAUACUAGGCUUACCCAAGACAACAUUCAAAGCUUAUUUGAAUGACUGGAAUGGUAGGGGUUGGGCCCUUUUGGCCGGUGUCCUAUGUGGAUUUGGAAAUGGUCUCCAAUUCAUGGGAGGCCAAGCUGCAGGAUAUGCUGCAGCUGAUUCUGUUCAGGCACUUCCACUUGUGAGCACUUUCUGGGGCAUACUUCUGUUUGGAGAAUACCGAAAAUCGUCACGAAGAACAUAUGUAUUGCUUACUGGCAUGUUGACGAUGUUUAUUGUUGCAGUUGCCGUCCUCAUGGCAUCAGCGGGGCAUCGAAAAUGA